AUGAGGAAUACUGCUCAUAUCAUUAAUGCUCCUUGGGCUGUUUGUGGAGAUUUCAAUAGCAUUCUGUCUACUGAGGAAAAAAUGGGAGGAAUACCUCAUGGACUCAACAAAAGCAUUCCAUUCAUGGAAUGCCUACAAGACUGUGGUCUUAAUGAUAUUGGCUUCUCUGGAAGCAGGUUUACUUGGUGCAAUGAAAGAAAAGAAGAAAAUGUUAUCUGGAAAAGAUUAGACAGGAUGGUGGUAAAUGACAAUUGGAAUGACGUUUUCCCUAUUUCUAAUGUCAUUCACAUGCCUAGGAUCAGCUCUGAUCAGUGUCCUCUUCUAAUUAAUUGUGAUACCAACCAAAAUGAAAUGAUCAGAUAUUUCAGGUUCCUUAAUUUUUGGACUGACCUUGAUGACUUUCUAGAUAUUGUUAAAGAGAAUUGGUGUACUCAAACUGAUGGUAAUAUCUUCUGGGAAGUUCAACAAAAAAUGAAAAACACUAGUAAAGCUCUGAGCAUAUGGUCCAGGAAUACCAUAAGUGAUAUAUUUGUUCACUUGAAACAUCUGGAAGAAAAGGUUAUUCAGGAAGAAGAAAAUUAUCAGAGUAUGGCUCCUGAGAAUAAUAGAAUACGUCUUCAUAAAACCAAAGUUGAUAUUAUCCUAUACCAUAAACAAGUUGACUCCUUUUGGAGACAAAAGGCUGAUUUGAAAUGGCAAGUUGAAGGUGAUGAAAACACUAGCUUCUUUCACUUAGUGGUUAGAGGAAAAAGAAGCAUUCUUAAUAUGCAUAGAAUUCUGCAUAAUGGGGACUGGAUUCAGGGUGAUAAUGAGAUCGGCUUAGCUGUUGUUGAUUUUUACCAGAAUCUAUUCUCUCAAGGAAUUGAUACUAUUGAUAGAAAUAUCUUAGAUCACAUUCCUAAUUUGAUCACUGAAUCUGACAAUGAUUACUUGAAUGCUAUCCCAAUUAUUCAAGAAGUCAAAGAGGUAGUCUUUGACAUCAAUAGUUCCCCAGGCCCUGAUGGUUUCAGUGGGCUUUUAUUUCAAAAAUCUUGGCAAAUUGUUGGGGAUGAUAGGUUUAACAUGGAAUUUGCUGAAUUCAGACCUAUAUGUCUGAGCAAUGUUACACAAAAAAUUGUUUCUAAGGUGCUCAACAACAAACUGUCCAAGAUUAUCUCUAAACUUAUAUCCCCUAACCAGAGUGGAUUUGUUAAAGGGAGAGCUAUUGGGGAGAAUGUCAUGUUGGCUCAAGAAAUCAUUCAUGACAUGAAGAAGAAUAACAAGGGAGGCAAUGUAAUAUUCAAGAUUGAUAUGACCAAGGCUUAUGACAGGAUGUCAUGGAACUUUAUUUGUUCUGUGAUGAGAAAGAUGGGUUUCAAUGAAGCUUGGGUGCAUGCUAUUUGGAAUCUAUUGUCCAACAUGUGGUACAGUGUGGUUCAAAAGAAAGAAUUCUCAAUAAAAUAUCUAGGAUGUCCUUUAUUCCAGGGGAGGAAGAAGAUUGAAUAUUUCACAGAUGAUCCUACCAAAAUUCUCAAAAAACUUGGAACCUGGCAUUGCAAAAUGCUCUCUUCUGGAGGAAAAUUCAUAUUGAUCAAGCAUGUUUUAUCAGCCAUGCCAGAUCACCUUUUAUCCAUCUGUCAACCCCCAAAAGGCAUCCUUAAGAUCAUGGAGAAAAUAUUUGCCAAUUUCUUUUGGGGAAGAAAUGAAGGAAAGACUAAACACUACUGGGUUUCAUGGCAUAAAAUGUGCAAGACCACUGCUGAAGGUGGCAUUGGUAUCAGAUCUCUUUAUGAAAUUAAUGAGAAUUUUGGAGCUAAACUUUGGUGGCAGUUCAGGACGAAGGAUUCUUUUUGGGCUGAUUUCCUUAAAGCCAAAUAUGCAAGAAGAGUGCAUCCCAGUGCUACAAAAUGGAGUUAUACUCAGUCGCAUUGUUGGAAAAGAAUGAUGAAAAUCAGAGAUAAAAUAGAUCACCUGAUUCAAUGGAAUGCCAACAAAGGCAAUUCUAAUUUUUGA